AUGGUUAUUUCUGAUGAACAACCAGGUUUUGUAAAAGGCAGAAGUAUGGUUAAGAAUGUGUUGCUCACUCAAGAAAUAAUCACUGAUAUUAGAUUAAGAACAAAGGCAGGCCCUAAUGUAGUUCUUAAGUUGGACAUGAUGAAGGCUUAUGAUAGAUUAUCUUGGCUGUUUCUCACAAAGGUUUUGAGGAAGAUGGGAUUCUCUGAAAGGUUCAUUGGUUUGAUAUUUGGGAUUUGGAGCCCUAAGAUCAACCAUCUUGCAUAUGCAGAUGAUGCAUUUAUAUUCUCAUCCUCAGAUGCCACUUCUUUGAGUUUGAUUAUGGAGGUUCUAAAUGCUUAUGAAGCAGCAUCUGGACAACUGAUUAAUAAGUCCAAAUCUGCAGUAUAUGUCCACCAUUCUACAAGUGAUGAAGUUGUGAGGAAGAUUGAAGGAAUAACUGGAAUAGGGAGACAGGAGUUUCCAUUCAUAUACCUUGGUUGCCCUAUAUUCUACACAAGGAGAAAAUGGAUUUUUAUGAAGGCAUCAUGGGAUACUUUAUGUUUACCUAAAGAUGAAGGAGGAGUGGGAUUUCGAUCAUUACAUGACAUGUCCAAGGCUCUUUUCUGCAAAUUAUGGUGGAACUUCAGGACCAAGCCAUCAAUGUGGAUCUCUUUUAUGUGCCAAAAAUAUUGCAAAAAGAUGAAUGCAAUUGUUGUACCUUGGAGGGGUGGAUCACACGUUUGGAGGAAGAUGUUGGAAUGUAGGGAUCUAGUAGAGCAUCAGAUUUACUGGAAGCUAAAAAUGGGAUCUUCCCUUUUUUGGUUUGAUAAUUGGACAAGACUGGGAGCCCUUUACUUUGUAACACCCCCGGAGUUUUUAGUCGAUGAAACAAUUCAGAAUGUGAAUGAUGUGGUUGUGGAAGGACAGUGGGAAGAGGAUAAAAUUAGAGAAAUCCUACCAGAAGACCUAGCUCUACACAUUUUGGAUAGCAUACCAGCUCCUUCAAUGUAUGAUGAACUGGACAAGCCUAUUUGGUGUUUGGGAACAACAUGCCAAUCAUAG